CUAUUUCUUCUCCUAUUGCAGACUCACUUAUAUACUCAUUCAAGACUCCUUUAACUCUCUGCUUCUCCCCCACACCUCCAACCCCACCCCACCUCCCCUCGGCCUCUUUUAUGGCAACUCCCCGUCGCUGCUCUGUCGUCAUAGUCGGAGCCGGCAUCUCAGGUUUAACGGCGGCGAAGGUGUUAUCGGAGAAUGGGAUGGAUGAUGUGAUGAUAUUGGAAGCGUCUGAUCAGAUAGGUGGCAGGAUAAGGAAGGAGGAAUUCAGCGGAGUAACGGUGGAACUCGGCGCCGGUUGGAUCGCCGGCGUCGGUGGUAAACAGUCUAAUCCUGUCUGGGAACUUGCCCUUCAGUCUAAUCUCCGUACUUGCUUCUCUGAUUACAGUAAUGCCCGUUACAAUAUCUAUGAUCACAGUGGGAAGAUAUUUCCGAGUGGAAUAGCGGCGGACUCGUACAAGAAAGCGGUGGACUCGGCAAUUCAAAAACUCAGAAGCCAAGAAGGAAACAACAACCAUGAAUCCUCUCCUGAAACGCCGUCUACUCCAAAAACACCGAUAGAGCUGGCGAUUGACUUCAUUCUCCACGACUUUGAAAUGGCAGAGGUCGAGCCAAUAUCAACAUAUGUGGAUUUUGGAGAAAGAGAAUUUCUAGUUGCUGACGAAAGAGGGUAUGAGCAUUUGCUUUAUAAAAUGGCAGAAAACUUCCUUUUUACCUCUGAGGGUAAAAUUACGGACAGCCGUCUCAAGCUCAACACGAGAUGGAAGAUGGAAGCCAUCAGAAACUUGGAUGUGAUGGUUUAUACAAAGAUCUUUCUCAAAUUCCCUUAUAAGUUUUGGCCUUGUGAACCUGAGAAGGAGUUCUUCAUCUACGCCCACGAGCGAAGAGGCUACUACACUUUCUGGCAGCACAUGGAAAAUGCUUACCCGGGCUCCAAUAUUCUGGUGGUAACCUUGACAAAUGGUGAGUCGAAACGUGUGGAAUCUCAAUCUGAUCAAGAAACACUAAGAGAAGCAAUGGAAGUGUUAAGAAACAUGUUUGGGCCUGACAUCCCCGAUGCCACCGACAUAUUAGUCCCGCGUUGGUGGAAUAAUAGGUUUCAGCGUGGCAGCUACAGUAAUUACCCCAUAUAUGUAAAUCAUCAACUCGUCCAUGAUAUUAAGGAACCGGUGGGGCGGAUAUUUUUCACAGGAGAACAUACAAGUGAAAAAUUUAGUGGCUAUGUCCAUGGAGGUUACCUUUCAGGUAUAGACACUACCAAUGCCUUACUUGAAGAAAUGAGAAAGGAUGAUGGAAGGAAGAAUGAGAGUCAAGCUUUUCUGUUAGAACCAUUGCUAGCAUUAACCGGAUCUUUGACAUUGACACAAGCUGAGACUGUCUCAAGCCUCCACAAAUGUGAUAUUCCGCGACAACUCUUCCUUAGUAACAGCAAAUUGGGACUUCCAGAGGCUAUCUUAUGAUUAAAUGAACCUCUGAAUAAAAAUUACUCUGACAGACCUUGCCAUCCAAGCUCCGAUAAACUCGGUUUGGUUGGAUCCGUCAACAAGACAGUACAUGGCCUUUCCAUCAACAGUGUGAUGGAGAGAAAGCACUAAAGGAGCAAAGGAACUUGCCACGGUUGCACAUAUGCAAUUCCUCUCCUUAAAAAGGAUAUUAGAUAGUCUCCAGGAAAUUCAUUCUGAAGGAAAUUCAUUGCAGAUACAUACAUUUGUUAUUAGAAGUAAAAUCAUAGAAAGGUAUCAUGAGUGACAAGUGCAGUGCUAAUGAUAUUCAAUACAAAAGAUAACUAUGUUCAGUUGAUUUUCAA